AUCCUAGUGUGAGGACACCUCCUGAUGACGGCACAGAUCAGGUGGGCUUCACGGGACCCGCAGACAGGUAGCGACCUGAUGACUACCUCUAUAGAACCAGCACUAAUACACAGAAAACUGCAUAAAUAGCGAUCACCUAAUAUAAUUCUAUUACUGAAACAGCUCCAGCCACAAGCAGGUGAGGCGACAGCCGGCAAUGGGGCGCUCACACCUUGCCCUUUAGGCUGGGGCCACACGGUGACAGUAAGUCUCAGCCGUCUGCACAUUACAGAACAGCAAAAGACAAGCAAUGGCUGAAAAGAUAGAAACAUCAGCUAAAAGUAAAGUCUACUUAGACUACAAUGCAACUACUCCUCCCGCAGCAGAAGUGGUGGAUGUCAUCACAGAGGCCCUGCAAGAGGCUUGGGGGAACCCUAGUAGCAGUUACAGCGCAGGAAGCAAGGCCAAAGAACUAAUAGACACGGCACGGGCACAGAUAGCCAGGAUGGUGAGGGGAAAGCCCGAAGAUGUCAUCUUCACCUCCGGAGGGACAGAAGCAAACAACAUGGUAUUGUUUUCAGCUGUGGAUUACUUCAACAUGAGCAUCAAGAAAGAACAAAGCAGCCCUCUAGACAUGGCAUUACCACACAUCAUUACCUCUAACGUGGAGCAUGACUCCAUAGUACUGCCCCUUAAACACCUGCAGAGGGCACAUCGAGCAGAGGUAACCUUUGUGCCCGUCUCUACCAGGACAGGGUGUGUGGAGGUUGAUGAUGUUGUUGCAGCUCUUCGCCCAAACACUUGUCUCGUUUCAAUAAUGUUGGCAAAUAAUGAGACUGGCGUCAUCAUGCCUAUUAGUAAAUUAUCACAUCGCUUGGUACCCAUUUCUAAAGAGCGAAAGGCCCAAGGUCUUCCCUCCGUUCUCUUACACACCGAUGCUGCACAGGCUCUGGGGAAGGUCAGUGUGGAUGUGCAAGAGUUGGGAGUCCAUUAUUUGACCAUUGUAGGACACAAGUUUUAUGGGCCUCGUAUUGGUGCUCUAUACGUUCAUGGAAUAGAGCACAAAACUCCACUACUACCGAUGUUACAUGGCGGAGGACAGGAGCGUAAUUACCGACCAGGGACAGAGAAUACACCUAUGAUUGCAGGACUUGGAAAGGCUGCAGAGUUAGUGAGCCUGCACUGUCCUGCUUAUGAGAAUCACAUGAGAAAUGUGCGGGACUAUAUGGAGGAAAGGUUACAGACCGCGUUUGACAAUAUGAUCCGGUUUAACUCCCACUUCUCUCGAACUGAACGUCUUCCUAACACCUGCAAUGUGUCAUUGCUUAGACCUGCAGUCCUUGGCCGUGAGUGGCUUUCACACUGUGAUUAUCUUUUGGCGAGUGUUGGAGCAGCAUGUCACUCAGACAGAGGUGACCGCCCCUCUCAUGUGCUACUGAGUAGCGGUGUGCCCCCUGAGGCAGCACGUGGUGCCAUACGCUUGAGUGUGGGCCGAGACACUUCAAUAGAAGAUGUGGAUUUGAUUGUUGAAGAUCUCAAGCAAGCUGCACAGAGACUGGAAAAUAAAGGCACUGAAGAAGGGGAACUAAAAAACUGACAGACAUUACUGUUUAAUUCCAGCAUGACCAAGCGCUGUACAUGUAUGGUGCUUGGAUCUGGGCUUUAAUCCAGAACACGGCUAUCGUCGGGUCUCCCGCUGUCAGUGACAGCUGUGCGCCCCAAGCAGAAGACAUAAGUGUUUUAUUACCACUUCUGCCUUUUCCUCUGCUCAGUGCAUAGCACUAAAUGACUACUAUGCAUUGAAUAGAGGAAGCAGCCAUGCCACUUACUUUAUUGGACUUGUGCUCAUGUGAUUGCCAGGUGUCCCGAGAACAAGCAGAGCUGCAGGGUCUUAGCAGACCCUGAAUAGCUCUGCCUUAGGCCUCCUGCACACGACCGUAUGUCUUUUUCAGUGUUCUGCGGGCCGUUUUUCCCAGAUGCGCUUUUUAAUUUUAUUUUUUUUCUGUAUUGGUUCCGUUCCGUUUUUCCAUAUGGCAUAUACAGUAAUUACAUAGAAAAAAUUGGGCUGGGCGUAAAAUUUUCAAUAGAUGGUUCAGCAAAAAC